AGUUCACUAUUAGAUACCGACCGGUAAUGUUGUUAGUUCGCCGUGCCGCGCAACGCGUAUAUUUUUUCAAACAUAUAAAAUAUGUUGAGUGGUAGCAGGCCGCAUACGCGUAUCUAUGACAACGGUCUAUUACUAGUACAGCUCACAACAUUGGCCUUCUUCGUCACCAGCUCUGUCCUGCCUACUGUGUUGGGUCAGACUUUCGUCAGACGUACAGCAAGCGUUUGCCGGACAGAUUCCGAGUGCCCAUCAAACGCAUAUUGCGAGCACUACACUCCGCCGACUGGAUUCGGUGUAUGUUCCUGCCUUCAAGGCCACUUUAUGCUUACGCACAACUACACCCGAGAGUGCCUUCGUUUUGCAACUGCCAUAGGCGAUUUCUGCCAGUAUGACGAUCAGUGUCAAUAUCUGCUAAGUACCGAUUCCGAAUGUCGUGCCAACUCAUGCCAAUGUCGCGAGGGAACGCACUACGUCGAACGGGAACGAAGAUGCUACAAAACCAGCUACCUUGGCCAGUACUGUCGAUUGACCAACAAUUGCAUUGGUGAUGAUACCUAUUGUCGUGAUGGCGUCUGUGUGUGCGCCGUAGGCAAACACCCGAAUGCUGGACGAAAUCUUUGCCUUCCGGAUGUGUACCUAGGCGAAACGUGCUUCCGAGACGAAGAAUGCAUAACGGAGCAUUCUCGAUGCAAUAACGUGUGUCGCUGCCGAGUAAGCCAUAUCUUGAAUCGAGAACAAAACCAAUGCCUUCCAAUCGCCGGAAAGCUGUACGAUCUGUGCGAGGUGGAUCUGCAGUGCCUUUACAAUAUUCCGCACUCACGAUGCCAGAUCGCAACCACGCCGAUCGGCGAGAGUGUGGGCAAUUGUACUUGCGCCAACGGUUACCACGAGAUCGGUUAUAAAUGUUAUCCCUCAGUCUACCUGAAUGGCAUUUGCGAAGUCGACGAAAAUUGCGCAAUCAACCAGGACACGGUUUGUAUCAAUGGACGCUGUCGUUGUGCAGAUCACAUGGUUGAAGUCGAUGGGCAAUGUUCAACAGCAACCAAACAUCUUCUUUACACAGUCCAAAUAAUUGUUCUAUUAGGCAUUAGCCAAAUAUUGUAGACUUAACUUAUCAAAGAUCAUCUUAGAUUAAGCCGAUGUAAUUUUAUUUAUUUGAGAUAGUCCUAAAAAAGGAAUACCUACAUACCAUUAUGGAAGCAGUAUUUAUUUCUGUGAAAGCAUGUGAUCACCAAAUACAAUUUUAACACACUUAGAACAAUCAAUUGU